AUGGGCAUCAGGCGGCGAAAGGCCGAUUCGUGCCAGAGUGGACGGGCCACUCUGGUGAUAGCCGCAAUUCUUAGUGUACUCGCCGCUUGGCAUCCAGCGCCGGUGCAUUUCUUCGGCUUCCGCAAAGGCAGCGCCUCCGACCGGCGUGAGCAGAGAGUCGUGGGACACGAGGCUCGGUUGGAGCUGCUGUCGCCGUCGUACGUCUGGGAGUCUCCCUUUCGCCACUUCGGCUGCUGGCUAAGACGUGCCCUGAAGCACAAAGACGAGGUCGUGAAGAGCGCGGGCUCCAUAGAGUAUGCGCGAGACCUGCAGAUCAAAGGUGACCUGGAUUCGCUCGUUGAGUCGGUCGAGAGCUUUAUCGAGAAGCGAAGAGCACAAAGGCAUCAUGGCAUUGGCAUCAGAUGCAGUGGCAUGGCCACCGCAGCCUGGGACGGAGAUGAUUUCGAGAUGCUGGAGCCCAUUGACACGAAGCCCAGUGAGGCCUCGCAAGGAAGUGGGGAGAGCCCGCAGAUCGAUGCACAAGGAUGCGCAGCUCAGGCCGGUGCGCUCCAGAACUGGCUGAAUGCCCGUCGCCGCGCGACGCUUGAGCUGAGCGCAGGGACAGCUCUGACCGGCUUCUCCUUCGGAGCUCCGGUGUCCGUCUCUGGCGAGGUGGUCUUCAACACGGGCAUGGUGGCUUACCCGGAGUCCCUCACGGACCCAUCCUACGCAGGUCAGAUCCUGGUCUUCACCUACCCACUCGUGGGAAACUAUGGGAUCCCUUCCGAAGACCCGGACGACCUAGGCCUGUCGAAGUGGUUCGAAAGCGACCGAAUCCACGUAAAGGCCGUGGUCAUCUCCGACUACUCUUAUGAGCCCUCUCACUACUCCUGCAUGCGCACGCUGGGGGACUGGCUGAACAGCCAGGGUGUGCCGGGCAUCUACGGCGUGGACACGCGAAUGAUCACCAAGAUCAUCCGCCAGGAGGGGGCCAUGCUUGGUCGCCUGUUGGUGAACGGCAGCAGCGGCUGCCAUCCCGCCAUUCCUUUCGAGGACCCCAACACGAGAAACCUGGUGGCAGAGGUCUCCCGCUCUCAGAAGCAGACUUUCGCACAGGCAGCGCAGGGCCAGAAGGAGGUGCACAUCAUUGCCGUAGAUUGCGGCAUGAAGAACAACAUCAUCCGCUGCCUGGUGGCUCUUGGGAUUCGACUCACCGUGGUGCCUUGGGACUACGACUUCACGCAGGAGCACUUCGAUGGCCUCUUUCUCAGCAACGGCCCUGGGGAUCCCAGCCAGUGCGCUCAGACGAUCCGACAUGUGAGGACGGUGAUGCAGCAGCGCCCCAACACGCCCAUCUUCGGCAUCUGCUUGGGCAACCAGAUCUUGGCCCUCGCGGCCGGGGCGAAGACCUUCAAGAUGAAGUUCGGGAACCGUGGGAUGAACCAGCCCGUCGUGGACCUCCGCACGCAGCGCUGCUACAUCACGGCUCAGAAUCACGGCUUCGCCGUGGACGCCCAGUCCCUUCCCAGCGGCUGGGUGCCUCUGAUGGUGAAUGCAAACGACGGCACCAACGAAGGCAUCAUCCACAGCUCGCGGCCCUGGUUCUCCGUGCAGUUCCACCCCGAGGCUUGCGGCGGGCCCAUGGACACGGACUUCCUCUUCAAGCAGUUCCUGCAGUUCAUCGCGGAGCCCGCCUCCAGGGCCGUGACGACCAUCCCUUACUCAAUGCCGCUGAGCUAUCGCAAGGUGCUGGUGCUGGGCUCCGGCGGUCUGACGAUUGGCCAGGCAGGAGAGUUCGAUUACUCGGGCAGCCAGGCGCUCAAGGCCCUUAAGGAGGCCGGCAUCAUGUCCGUGCUGAUCAACCCGAACAUCGCCACCGUUCAGACCUCUGCCGGCAUGGCUGACCGCGUCUACUUCUUACCUGUGACCCCAGAGUUCGUGACCAAGGUCAUCGACCGGGAGCGCCCGGACGGCAUCUUCGUGUCCUUCGGCGGCCAGACGGCCCUGAACUGUGCGUGCAGGCUCCACGAGCAGGGGGUCUUUGAUCGCUUCAACGUGCAGGUGCUGGGUACCCCAAUCGAGGCCAUCAUCAAGACGGAGGAUCGCGACCUCUUCAGCCAGGUGGUGGACGCCUGCGGCGAGCGGAUCGCGGAGAGCAGCUGCUGUGGCUCGGUGGCGGAAGCCGUCCGCGCCGCAGAGCAGAUCGGCUACCCAGUGCUGGUGCGUGCCGCCUUCGCGCUUGGAGGGCUGGGCAGUGGCUUCGCCGACAACGAGAACGAGCUUAGGAAGCUGGUGACAGUGGCUUUGGUUAACAGCCCCCAGGUGAUCAUCGACAAGUCCUUGAAGGGCUGGAAGGAGCUGGAGUACGAGGUUGUGCGAGACAAGAACGACAACUGCAUCACCGUGUGCAACAUGGAAAACUUGGACCCCAUGGGCAUCCACACUGGGGAGUCCAUUGUCAUCGCACCCUCACAGACACUGAACAACGAGGAGUACUACCGGCUCCGGCAGUGUGCCUUGAAGAUCAUCCGGCACUUGGGCAUCGUGGGCGAAUGCAACAUCCAGUAUGCUGUCGAUCCCAAAAGCUCCCAGUUCCGCAUCAUCGAGGUAAACGCCAGGCUCUCCCGCAGCAGUGCCCUUGCCUCCAAGGCCACAGGGUAUCCUCUGGCCUAUGUGGCCGCCAAGCUUGCGCUGGGCCACGACCUGGGGCAGCUCCGGAACAGCGUGACGCGCUGCACCACUGCCUGCUUCGAGCCGUCUCUGGAUUACGUGGUAGCCAAGGUGCCCCGCUGGGACCUCCAGAAGUUCUCCACGGUGGACGCCCGCAUCGGCUCCGCCAUGCAGAGCGUGGGCGAAGUCAUGGCCAUCGGCCGAACCUUCGAGGAGACUAUCCAAAAGGCCUUGCGUAUGGUCGACGAGGCAAGCCCAGGCUUCGACCCUGCACGCUAUGAGAUUGAGCUGGAAAGGCGAGGGAUCAGUGCAUCCGGGCAAGAAUUGGAGAAGGAGGUGAAGAAGGAGCUCAGCAACCCCACCCCUGUCAGGCUUUGGGCCGUUGCGAAGGCUUUCGAGCUUGGCAUGGACGUGACGGAUGUCCAUCGCCUCACCAACAUAGACCGCUGGUUCCUGGCCAAGCUCCAUGGCCUGCACCAGCUCAAAGUGGCCCUGCGUCUCAUGGACUUCUAUGAGCUCCGAAGCCAUCCCGCGGUCCUGCGCGAGGCGAAGUGCCGCGGCUUCUCGGACUGCCAGAUUGCAGCGUUGGUCUCGGCUCCAGCGCUUGUGCACAUGGAGAUGUCCCCACGGCUGCUGCCAACGGAUUUCGGGGCAAGCCGCUACACCGGCGGUCCUGUGACAGAGGCACACAUCCGGCACCUGCGGAGGAGUGCUGGCAUCGUUCCGAAAGUGAAGCAAAUCGACACGCUGGCGGCAGAGUUCCCGGCAGAGACGAACUACCUCUACCUGACAUACAGCGGCGAGGAACACGAUGUAGAGCUGCCUGGAAGCCAGGCACCCGCCGACGAUGACAGCUUGCCCCCGCUUUCACUGCAGCCGUCAAUCCCGGAGCCCAUGUCACUGCAGACCCCGCAGAGCCAGAAGGCAGAGAAGGAGUCCAGGGUGGUGGUGCUGGGCUGCGGGCCUUACAGGAUCGGUAGCAGCGUGGAGUUCGACUGGUGCAGCGUCUCCUGCGUGCGCACGCUGCGGAAGUUGGGUCACAAGGCUGUGGUCGUGAAUUGCAACCCCGAGACCGUGUCGACGGAUUUCGACGAGUCCGACCGGCUGUACUUCGAAGAGCUCAGCCACGAGCGCGUGCUGGACAUCGCGGAGUUGGAGACACCGCGGGGCAUGGUGGUGUCCGUGGGUGGGCAGACGCCAAACAACUUGGCCCUCGGGUUGCACCACUGCGGCGUGUGUAUCCUCGGCACCUCCGUGGAGGCCAUCGACACCUGCGAGGACCGGAAGAAGUUCAGCCAGCUCUGUGAUCAGCUUCGCAUCGACCAGCCCCAGUGGUCCCAGUUCGAGACUUUGGGGGAAGCUCGCAACUUCUGCCGAUCCGCAGGCUUCCCGGUGCUGGUGCGGCCCUCCUACGUGCUCAGUGGCGCGGCGAUGCGCGUGGUCACCAACGACUCCGAGCUCGAAGUCUUCCUCAAGACGGCCGCAGUGGUCAGCCGCGACCACCCCGUGGUGAUUUCCAAGUACAUCACCGGUGCAAAGGAGGUGGAGCUGGAUGCCGUGGGCAAGGCCGGCGAGCUCGUGAACUAUGCGAUCGCUGAGCACAUCGAGAACGCCGGCGUGCACAGUGGCGAUGCCUCCCUCCUGCUGCCGGCGCAGCGGCUGUUCGUGGAGACGCACCGCAAGGUCAAGAGUAUCUCGCAGAAGCUGUGCAAGGCUUUAAAGAUUUCGGGGCCCUUCAACAUCCAGUUCAUCUGUAAGGACAACGAGGUCAAGGUCAUUGAGUGCAAUUUGCGGGCCUCGCGGUCCAUGCCCUUCAUCUCCAAGACCUACAACGUGAACUUCAUCGAGCUCGCGACUCGCGUCAUGGUGGGCAUGCCAGUGCGCUCAGCGGUCAUUCAGCCGAUGGACAUCGAGUUCGUGGCCUGCAAAGCGCCCAUGUUUUCUUUCGGGCGUUUGAAGAACUCCGAUCCCCGGCUGGGCGUGGAGAUGUCCUCCACAGGUGAGGUAGCCUGCUUCGGCAUGAACGCCUACGAGGCGUUCCUGAAGAGCAUGGUGGCCGCGAACUUCAAACUACCCUCGCAGAGCAUCCUCGUGUCGCUGGGAUCCCCGGCAGCGAAGGGCGAGUUCGUGAGCUCCGGAGCGGCCCGGCAGCUGCUGGAGAUGGGCUAUGCACUUUACGCCACCAAGGGCACGCACGAGCACCUCGCAGGCGCCGGGCUGCAGAGCAGCAUGGUCUUCAAGCCCCUGGUGAAGAGGGAGCCGAACGCCGCCACGCUCCUGCAGGGACGCAAAAUCGACCUGGUGAUCAACGUGCCUGACUCCAUGGACUCGGAUGCUCUCACGGACGGCUUCAGGAUCCGCCGGGGUGCCGUGGACGCGGGCACUUCGCUGAUCACGGACAUCAAGACCGCCAUCUUCAUGUGCCACGCCCUGCACCGGAAGUGGACGAGGGAGGCGAGCGGCAAGCCCUUCUGGGAUAUCUGCUCCUGGCAGGAGUAUGUUGAUAUCGUGGAGAGGCUGAACUGGAGCGGACCUCUUGUCUUCCAAAUUACGAGGGCUGGCCCUUUGCCAGCCGACGGUGGCUUCCCAGAAGGCGAUAGUCAGUUUUUGACAUUUGUUGACACCGGCAGCAUCAAAGAUGGAGAGACUCUAUGUGCUGCCUGCAACGUUGUUCCCCACCAAGCCUCUGAAGCCUUGUCCGUGGACAAGCAGGGCUUUCGCAGUGUCGGCGAAUUCUUUGCACUCCCCGCUUCGUGGAAGCGCAGCCGAUCCAGGCUAGUAGUGACGCCCCUCUUUGGCAAGCUGGGCUGGUAUGACCAAGUUGUUCAAGAAGAUCCGCGGGCCAGUCCGGACGAAGAUGGCCCGUUGGCAGAGCUAAUGCGGAUAAGCCGCGGUCUCAGCCGAGCCCUGCCGCCCGAAACGCUCCAAUUCCGUGAGUCGGCUUACCUUCGAGAAGGAGUCCGCAGACUGGAGCCGCUGCUUUUGGAGCUCCGGCUGCAAGAUCCUCCGUGGCUCCAGCAGACACUGUUGGUGGCUGGUGAUUCAGAUGCUGUGCUGCCAUCCAUGGCCGAGACGGAGAGGUUGCUCAAGUUGAUGCCAGGUUCUCAGCGCAAGGUCAUCCCUGGUGGGCCGCAUGCAUGCUUCGAUGAUGUGACCAACGUGAAUCUGCUUUCGCUGUUGACAGAUGCCGGCAUCGUCCAAUCUCUGACAGAGGCUGCCCCUGUGGAGAUGAGUCUCGUGCCAGAAAGCUGGUUGGAUGCCUCGCUUAUGCAGGCGAGGACGUGGGUAUCUCCGGUGUUCCUAUCCGUGCUCCCUGGAGGCCAGAUUGUUCGAGGGCUCCCGCAACUGGCGCCAGCGGCCCUGCAAGAAAACCCGAUCCUGUUCGUCGGGAAUCACCAGCUGUUCAGUUUAGAUGGUAUCUUCCUUGUUGACGAGUUCCUGCGAGAGCAACGACGGCUUGUGACUGCUAUGGUGUACCCGCCUUUGCUGAAUGAAGUUUCUCCACUCGCUCCGCUCCCCUAUCCGUUCCCGGGCUCGCGGCAGCUCUUUGAGAAGUUCAAGGUAAUGCCCACGAGCGCCCGAAACUUGCUUCGUGCGCUGCGGCCCAACCGAACAGGUGCCGGUGCGGCCUUGCUGUUCCCCGGGGGAGCGCGGGAGGUCUUCAAGCGAAAGGGAGAAGAGUAUCAGCUUUUCUGGCCUCCCCAGCCGCAGUUCAUCCGCAUCGCCGCCAAAGCGAAUGCUACUAUCAUACCCUUCAGCGGCAUUGGCAGUGAUGAGUUCUUUGCCGGGACGGUGCUGGACUCGAGCGAGCUGUUGAACAUGCCUGUAGUCGGUGACCGGGCGGGCAGCCAGAGCUUCGAUCAUUCGUAG